CUCUGUUCCCUUCUGUAGCUCGGGGUGUGAUAUGAGGUUCAAUCAUCUGACCCUUCUUUGAAUCUUCUAUUUUGUGGGACUCGCAUGGCAGAGAACGACGCUCUCCUCCCGAGAGGAACCACUGCUCUUCCACGGCGGAAGCUGCAUGGAACCAAGAAGCCGCGGGUGCUGGUUCUCCAACGAGGCUUUUUCUCCCGACGGACCAGCCUCCCGGCGGGGUUGCCGUGGAAACAGAGCGUGCUUUGUGGAUGCGGCGAAACGCUGUGGCGCGGCCUUUGCUGUCUGUCUGCGGAGGGAACUCACAACACCGACGUCAAGAUGAUGCUUUCAAGGGCCAAACCUGCUGUAGGCGGGGACGUCCAGCACACUGACAAAAGAAAGAAGAAAGGUAGGAAGAUUCCAAAACUAGAGGAGCUUCUUUCACAAAGAGAUUUCACUGGAGCUAUUACCCUAUUGGAGUUCAAACGUCAUGUUGGGGAACAAGAAGAGGAUACUAAUUUGUGGAUUGGAUAUUGUGCCUUUCACCUGGGUGACUACAAGAGAGCUCUGGAGGAAUAUGAAAAUGCUACAAAAGAGGAAAAUUGUAAUUCUGAAGUCUGGGUGAACCUAGCUUGCACUUACUUCUUUCUUGGGAUGUAUAAACAAGCCGAAGAAGCUGGAUUUAAAGCUUCGAAAAGCCGACUCCAAAACCGCCUCCUCUUCCACUUGGCUCACAAGUUUAAUGAUGAGAAAAAGUUGAUGAGCUUUCAUCAGAAUCUUCAGGACGUCACAGAAGAUCAACUCAGUUUGGCCUCAAUCCACUAUAUGCGAUCUCACUACCAAGAAGCUAUUGAUAUAUAUAAGCGAAUACUGCUAGAUAACAGGGAAUACCUUGCCCUCAAUGUUUAUGUGGCCCUCUGCUACUAUAAAUUGGAUUACUAUGAUGUGUCUCAAGAAGUUUUGGCUGUUUACCUUCAGCAAAUUCCUGAUAGUACCAUCGCACUCAAUCUUAAAGCCUGUAAUCAUUUUCGCCUUUACAGCGGCAAAGCAGCUGAGGCAGAACUCAAAAGCUUGAUGGACAAUGCUUCAUCCUUCGAAUUUGCUAAAGAACUCAUCAGGCACAAUCUGGUUGUUUUCCGAGGAGGUGAAGGGGCUUUGCGGGUUUUACCUCCCCUGGUUGAUGUCAUUCCUGAAGCUAGGCUCAACUUGGUGAUUUACUACCUUCGUCAAGAUGAUGUACAAGAAGCUUAUAACUUGAUUAAGGAUCUAGAACCUACUACUCCUCAGGAGUAUAUUCUCAAAGGAGUGGUCAAUGCAGCCCUUGGCCAGGAAAUGGGUUCAAGGGAUCAUAUGAAAAUUGCCCAGCAGUUCUUCCAUUUGGUGGGAGGAUCAGCUAGCGAAUGUGAUACAAUACCAGGGAGGCAGUGCAUGGCUUCCUGUUUCUUCCUGCUUAAGCAAUUUGAUGAUGUCUUGAUUUACCUCAAUUCAUUUAAGAGUUACUUCUAUAAUGAUGACAUCUUUAACUUUAAUUAUGCACAAGCCAAAGCUGCAACAGGCAAUACCAGUGAGGCUGAAGAGGUGUUCCGCUUGAUCCAAAGUGAGAAGAUAAAAAAUGAUUACAUUUACCUCAGCUGGUUAGCUCGGUGCUAUAUUAUGAAUAAGAAACCAAGACUAGCCUGGGAACUUUAUCUCAAGAUGGAAACCUCUGGCGAGUCCUUCAGUCUCUUACAGCUCAUUGCUAACGACUGCUACAAGAUGGGUCAGUUUUACUAUUCUGCCAAAGCUUUUGACGUCCUCGAGAGGCUGGAUCCCAACCCCAAAUAUUGGAAAGGCAAAAAGGGUGCCUGUGUGGGCAUUUUCCAGAUGAUCUUAGCUGGGAGAGAACCCAAAGAGACCCUUCGAGAAGUGGUCCAUUUACUGAGAAGCACAGGUAACACCCAAGUAGAGUACAUCAUCCGGAUCAUGAAGAAAUGGGCCAAAGAAAACAGAGUACCCAUCUAAGAUAGCUCCAGCAUCCUAGGAACCAGCUUCCACUUUGACAUAAAACUAUAAUUUAUUUUCACUCAAGUUAAUCUGUGAUACAGGGCUCUGUUUUAUUGACAUUUUCCUUCCUUGCUCUUUAAGUUUCAAGGUCAGUGACUGACUUGCUGAGACCUAGUCUCCUGGCUGAGCAGAGUACCAUAGUCUGUGACCGUGUAUGAUCCUCCUAGCAAUAAGACUAUGGGCUUGUCUGGUGCCUUUCUUCCAAAAAUGCUCAGAGUACUUUAUGUAAUUUACUAACUUUAAGGAAAGCAGUAUAACUUUUUUUCUGUUAGCAUUUUAUGGCAUUGUCUCCUGACUGCAAUAACAAAUGUCUUUGAUGUGCAAGAAUCAGCAUCAUUCUAUCAUUUAACUUUCAGGCAUCUCUGUACAUUAUCCCAUUUUGUUGGGGAAUUUCAUAAAGGGUUUUAUAAAUACAUCUGUAAAUCUUGGGAGAAUACCUAGCCAUGUGAUUCUAAGAAUGGCAGUAAGUUCCUUUAUCAAACUGUCUAGUCAUUUAUAGGAUAGAGUUGUAGGAUUACUCUUUCACUAAUUAAAUUGUUGAUGAUAAUAACAUGUUACAGUGCAGUAAGAUGAGUAUUGCAAUUUUUUAAAAAGGUGAGUACUAGCCAGGCGCGGUGUCUCACGCCUAUAAUCCCAGCACUUUGGGAGGCCGAGACGGGUGGAUCACAAGGUCAAGAGAUCAAGACCAUCAUGGUCAACAUGGUGAAAGCCUGUCUCUACUAAAAAUACAAAAAUUAGCUGAGCAUGGUGGUGCGCGCCUGUAGUGCAACUACUCGGGAGGCUGAGGCAGGAGAAUUGCCUGAACCCAGGAGACGGAGGUUGUGGUGAGUUGUGGUGAGCCAAUAUCGUGCCAUUGCACUCCAGCAACUGGGUAAAAAGAGCAAAACUCUGUCUCAAAAAAAAAAAAAAAAAAAGGUGAAUACUAGGAAAAAAAUUACAGUACCUCUAAAGUUAUUCAAGAAACAAUGUUUAUGAAUCUCACUAGUCCAUUACAGCUUGGUAUCAUAAUAUUUUAGGUAACAAAGCAGGUUAGGUUCUUCUUAAUGUGUCUUGCUGAACAAACAUCGGUUUUGAAAGUAGGGCUGGAUUCUCCCUGACAGUGAUUAUUUUAUGCAUUGUGGACAGUUAUUAACGUAAUGAUAAUAAAACAUGAAUUGUGUAAAGUCCUUUGAGGGACCUCCUAAUGGCUAGGCUGUCUGUCUUAAGUCAUAUUCCAGACCCAUGUUUCUUUUUUUUCUUUUUUUUUUUUUUUUUUGAGAUGGAGUCUCCCUCUGUCACCAAGGCUGGAGUAUAGUUUCAAAAUCUCGGCUCACUGCACUCUCCACCUCCCUCCUGGGUUCUUGCAAUUCUCCUGUCUCAGCCUCCCGAGUAGCUGGGACUACAGGUACAUACCACUAUGCCUGGCUAAUUAUUUUGUAUUUCAGUAGAGAUGGGGUUUCACCAUGUUGCCCAGGCUGGUCUUGAACUCCUGAGCUCAGGCAAUCUGCCUGCCUUGGCCUCCCAAAGUGCUGGGAUUACAGGUGUGAGCCACUGCACCCAGCCCCCAGCCCCAUGUUUCUGAGCUCAUAUAACAUAAACCUACUAUACAACUGAGCAUCCUUAAGCUCACAACCUGUUUCCAGAAAACAGACCCACAUUUUUCUGUUUUAUAUCACCUAUGUUUUUAUGCUAUAUAGUUUUUUUCUAUUAGUUUAAGAUACCUAGAGUUACAGGUCUAGAAAGUGCAGAACCAUUCCUACCUAGAAGAAAAUAGAUAGAGGAGAACUGAAAGAAAGAAUUCCUCCAUCACUAAAGUCAGGAGAAUCCCUGUAGGCACUGUAUUAGUUGUUCCAUUUAUCCCAACACUCCACUUAUGAAUAAAGGCGUUGUGUAGAAAGGAGAUGAGAACAUGGCAGGAGUGAAAGCAGCCAAGAAGCGAUCAAUGACUGAAGAUCCAUCGCCUUCGCCUUCAGGACUGUCGCAAGAGGUUAUUUCGCCUCUACUCAGGAAGAUGGCCAGUUUUCCUAUCUUUUAUCCGAGACCCAUGUAUAAUCAGUUCAGAGCACAAAUAAAAAUAAGCUGGCCUAAAUAACUGAAUUCUAGGAAAGAAAGCUGCAUCUUUUUUUAUAUGCAAAGCUUCUGUUCCCUCAUGUUCUUCCUACUUUUUAAAUAAUAAAUGGUUCUCGGCAUCUUAGGAACUAGAUGGGUCUGAUCUGGGUAGAACCUGCUGUAACUUUUAGAAUCGUUUUUGUAAUUCUUACCUCACUUAAAAUAUUAGGAAACACGGUAAUGGAAAAGACAGGUAGAACUUGUCAGCAGGUUUUGGCAGUGAAAUUUGUCUUCCAGUGAAUUGCUAUUAUUUUCAAAUUGCCUAUAGUUGAAAAGCUUUUCCAUUGAUGGAGAUUUACUUUUAAAUGAGCUUUUGUUGAGUUCAGCACUCUGGAUUCUCCCUGACAUUUUCCUGUCUUUUGGGGAAAAAAACAGAUAUUCCAAAAAUGGCAGAAUUUUAGACUAAUAUUUGUAAACGUUUCUUCUAUAGGAUUGAGCCAAAAAACAUAAACAAUAAAGAGAGGUAUCAUAUAAUUCUCUUAUUAAAGAUAGCUACUUCUGAAAUGUCUUAACAGAGUUUCGGGAUUGCAAAGUAGUAUUGCACAGCUGGUUUUUUUACAUGUGAUGAUAGAGGAGAGAGGAAGACCCAGACUUAGGCAUAUGGUGAAAUACGGACAGUUUAUAGCAUUAGUGUACUAUUUAUAAUCUGUAGCAUACAUUACUUGUAAAUGGGAAAAAUAUCUUUUAUAAUUAUUUUUGUACCUCAAAAUAAUUAUUCUGCUGUAUUAUAUUCAAAUUAAAGUUUAUUAUUUGGUUCUCA